AUGACCUCUCUCAAGCAAUUCAUUCGGAAUGUGCGAGCCGCGAAGACGAUUGCCGACGAGCGCGCCGUCGUGCAGAAGGAGAGUGCAGCCAUCCGCGCCAGUUUCAGGGAAGAGAGCCACGACUCCAACGUGAGGAGAAACAAUGUCGCCAAGCUCUUGUACCUCUUCACGCUGGGUGAGAGAACACACUUCGGACAGAUUGAAUGUCUGAAGCUGCUGGCAUCCCCGCGCUUCGCAGACAAGCGCCUCGGCUACCUAGGCACCAUGCUGCUGUUGGACGAGAACCAAGAGGUCCUGACACUGGUCACCAACUCGCUGAAGAAUGAUCUGAACCACGCCAACCAGUACACUGUCGGUCUCGCCCUCUGCACCCUCGGUAACAUUGCCUCCGUCGAAAUGGCUCGAGACCUGUUCCCCGAAGUCGAGACGAUAAUAGCAAGCGCAAACCCUUACAUUCGCCGGAAGGCCGCCCUGUGCGCCAUGAGGAUAUGCAGAAAGGUGCCCGAUCUCCAGGAGCAUUUCCUAGACAAGGCCAAGUUGCUGUUGCAAGAUCGCAACCACGGCGUCCUACUGUGCGGUCUCACAUUGGUCACAAGUCUGUGUGAGGCAGAUGAGGCAGAGGAUGAUGAAAACGGCAUCAAGGACCUGUUCAAGCCACAAGUACCGGCUCUCGUAAAGAUCCUGAAGGGCCUUUCUUCCUCAGGAUAUGCGCCUGAACACGACGUAACAGGCAUCACGGACCCAUUCGUGCAGUGCAAGAUCCUGCAAUUACUGCGAGUCCUUGCACGCGGCGACGCUCAGGUCAGCGAGCAGAUCAACGAUAUCCUCGCCCAGGUCGCCACAAACACAGACUCUUCGAAGAAUGUUGGAAAUUCCAUCCUGUAUGAGGCCGUACUUACCAUCCUUGACAUCGAGGCCGAUUCAGGUCUCCGUGUGCUUGGUGUGAACAUUCUCGGAAAGUUCCUGUCGAACAGGGAUAACAACAUCAGAUAUGUUGCCCUCAACACAUUGAACAAGGUUGUCGCAGUCGAACCCAACGCUGUUCAACGACACCGAAACACCAUCUUGGACUGCCUACGCGACCCUGAUAUCAGUAUCCGGAGACGUGCGCUCGACCUCAGCUUCACUUUGAUCAAUGAGAGCAACGUGCGCGUACUGAUUCGCGAACUGCUUGCUUUCCUCGAGGUUGCCGACAACGAGUUCAAACCCGUCAUGACGUCACAGAUUGGAAUCGCUGCGGACAGGUUCGCCCCGAACAAAAGAUGGCACGUCGACACCAUGUUACGGGUGCUGAAACUUGCUGGCAACUAUGUCAAGGAGCAGAUUCUGUCAUCAUUCGUUCGAUUAAUUGCGACAACGACGGAUCUCCAGACCUACUCCGUACAGAAGCUCUACGCGGCGCUGACAGAAGACAUCACUCAGGAGGGAUUGACUUUAGCAGGUUCUUGGGUUAUUGGAGAAUACGGAGAUGCGCUGUUAAGAGGCGGCCAGUACGAAGAGGAGGAACUUGUCAAGGAAGUGAAGGAGAGCGAUGUUGUCGAUCUUUUCGAGACCAUCCUGAACAGCAGCUACGCCGGGCUCAUUGUUCAGCAGUACAUCAUCACAGCUUCGAUGAAGUUGACAACGCGACUUAGUGAGCCAGCUCAGAUUGAGCGCCUGCGCAGACUGCUGCAAAGAUACGGCUCCAACCUCGACGUCGAGACUCAACAGCGCGCUGCCGAGUAUGGCAACCUGUUUGGAUAUGACUCGAUUAGAAGAGGUGUUCUUGAGAAGAUGCCACCUCCUGAGAUCCGCGAGGAGCAACGCGUGCUGGGUGAGGCUACCAAGAAGCGGCAGUCCAAGAUCGUCAGCAAGAAGAAGCCUGCACAGGCAGCGACAGAGGAUCUACUCCUCGAUCUCAUGGGCGACUCUGGCGUACCGGAAACGAACGGCGCAACCAGUGGGUCCCAGCAAAACCAAGAUCUUCUGGCAGACAUUCUCGGUGGAGGCGGGCCAUCCGCAUCUUCACCGCCUACCCAGACGGCGUCCGCUACACCCCAGUCCAAUGUUGCGAACAUCAUGGAUUUGUUCAACAGCGGCCCAUCAAGUUCACCGGCACCUGCGCAGUCACGGCCGCCUCCACAAGCAGCGUCAAUGGACUUACUUGGCGGUCUUGGAGGCAUGUCAUCACCGCCGCCUCAGACUUCAACACCUUCAGUGGCUUCUGGACCACCUGCGCACCCCGUGUACAAUAAGAACGAUCUCGCAAUCACCUUCCAGCUCAAGCGUGACGCCAACGCGGUGCAGCUGCUCGCGCGUUUCCGGAACACAGGAGGGGUUGGGCAGCUAUCUGCAGUCAAUCUGCAAGCCGCCGUUCCGAAGAGCCAGAAACUGCAGCUGCAGCCUAUCAGUACAGGGGAACUAGAUGCGGGACAAGAUGCAACACAACAAAUGCGAGUCACAUCGGUCAAUGGGCCCCCUCCAGCGAGGCUCAGGCUAAGACUCAAGCUCAGCUAUGCAAGCAGUGUAGGUCCGGUAUCAGAGCAGGUCGACUGGUCAGAGCCAACAUAA